CUUUAAAUGACAACUAGUGUAAAGGACAGAAAGAAUACGAAUGGACUGAUAUUUUUGUUAUUCAGGGCUUGGUUUUGGGGGAACACUGGCAACUUGUUUUGGGAUCUUACAGAAGGGAGAAGGGGGAUUUCGGGUUUUGAGGGACCUUGCCUAUUUGGACUGAUAUUGAAAUUGCAAGAUGGCGUUAUUGAAGGGUUUACUCAUCCUCUGUAUACUAAAUGCCAUUUUUGGACAAGAAGACUGUCCGGCCACCACCACACCUUGUUUCUAUGAAAACAUCGGAUUUUAUCCGUCAGGCAAUAAUCAAGCUAAUGAACAUUACUACAUUGGUGGAUUAUUUGGUGUCCAUGAGAUGCCAAAUGAUGCUUAUUCUUGUUCCAGAUCCGCAAUACGAGACCGUGGAAUAAUAAAUCUGCAGGCAUUCCUAUGGGGAAUUCAAAAUAUUGGUAGUACCAUAUCUGCAGGUGGCGUUGCGUUAGAUUCAUGCUCCUCCUCAGAUCAAAAUAUCGAGAACAUUCUCAGCUUUGAAACCUGUAAAGUAACACUUGGUGAGACCAACCCAGUAUCGCCUAGAAACUUACUGGCAUAUGUAGGUCCAGACCGCAGUACACAAGUACCGGCAGUGUCGUCACUGUUGUAUGAAAUGAAUAAAACUCAUAUCAGCCAUGCCGCCACCUCGCCACGUUUACGUGAUGGCGAUACAGAUUCGUUUUUCUUACGAACAGUACCGACUGACGUGAAAGAUGUCCUUAUGAUGAAAGAACUCCUUGGCAAAUUAAAUGCUAGGUUCGUUAUUGCAAUCUAUCAAGACGAUGAGUAUGGGAUGGGAUUGUUUGAGGCGUUCAAUUCCACGAUGUCUCAGGCUGGUGUGUGUAUAGUCUACAAAGUAAAAAUGACAUCAACAAAUAUGGCGGAGAUAGCUGCACAGCUCCGGACCAGAAUCGCUACUAGGUAUGUGGCGUUGCUAAUGACAUCAAACAAUGUUAAAAUGCUUUUUGAUUAUCUCCGUUCAACAAGUGUACCGUUUCCAAUUGGUCAGUUUUCAUUCAUUGGAACAUCAUCGUGGGGGACUUUGACUGACGUCACAAGUGGUGGUGGCAUAAGUGGUUAUACAGUGCAGAUUUCCGCGCCAACGUCGAUAGAAAAUGAAGUUAAUCAAUUUUACAGCUAUUUAGAAUCACUUAAACCAAGUCAGAAUAUGCGUAAUCCUUGGUACGAUAAAUGGUGGCGAUCAAAGGUCGACUGCACCACGGGAGUUCUAGCUGACUGCGAGGCCACAAAAUCUUUAGUUGGAAAAUCAUAUAGAGAUGUCUAUACCCCUUUUACUCUAAUGGCCAUUAAGGCGAUAAAGAAAGGCAUUGAAGCUGUUUCUCAGUCAGAGUGCGUUGGUUCAGCACAAGUCUUAUGCUCCAAUCUGUUGAAUCAGCACAAUAGAGGACAACUGAUCAGAAAUGCCAUUAUUUUAGCCACAGACAGCAAUGGCCGCCGGUAUUUCCAGGAUAAUGGUGAACUGGCUGAUAACUUGGUCAACUUCAAAAUUUAUAAAAUAGACAGUACCGGCAAUUAUAAUGUGUUUGCUAACUAUGAUGGAAAUAACUUCAUUCUAUCAUCUGGUGCUACACCUGUCAUAGAUUCUCAAUGUCCGAACUCCCCUUGUUUGGAAUGUGGUGAGAUGCCAUCUACGACACAACCAACUACACGAUCUCCUACAACGACCACGGUUACCACAACAACUGAUAUUACCGAGGGAGGGAAAUACACCCAAGUUCUUAUGUUGUCCACACAGGAGUUUACAGGAGUAUAUGCAGACCAACGAAGAGAUAUGUACGAAUUAAGAUUUGAACUAGGACAUAAAUGGAUCAUAGCGCUGGGAGUUUUGGCGGGAGUUGGUCUAUUAGCUGUGCUGGUAUUUGAAGUUUACAUUUUAUACAAAUUAAUGGGAACAAAAACUGGACGUCAGUGGAGAACAUUAUGGCUAGGACAGUUGCUUCUUUUUGGCAUAUUUUUAUCCUAUUUAGUUCUGUUUGCUUAUUUACCAAUCCCAACCGACGCUACCUGUGGAAUCACACGCUUUGGCGUAGGACUUUCAUACUCAAUUAUGUUUGCUGUUCUUUUGGUAAAAUUGAUGGUCAUUUUAACUUCAAAAUCAAGCGAACAAUCAAUUUUAGCAGAUGACAUUGCAUCACCUAAUUAUCUUAAAGGCAUCUAUCAGUUUCUCAUGUUUGUAUUUGUCGUCGGUGUGCAGGUUGUCAUCGAUGCACAGUGGUUGAUCCUUGUUCCCCCAAGGGCAGUGAAGGUUAUCACAAAUAAUGGAGACGAGGCUUGGGUGUGCAAUCACUUUACAUGGGAAGCGAAAACAGGAUGGAGAGAUAUGAAGAACUUUGUUCGGACUGGGUUCGAAAAUCAUCUAAUUUCUCUUGUUUACAUUAUGUUUCUAAUAUUGAUGAACACUGUCGUGGCCAUGAGAGCUCAUGGAAUUAUAACCAAUCAUAGAGAAAGCAUUUUUAUUGGAAUUGCGUCUGGUUUCUGUAUUCCGAUCUGGAUUGCAUGGGGUCUUGUAGCAGGACUCAACCGGGAACACGACGUGUCACAUGAGUUUACGGACGCCUGUAUGGCAUUUGGGUUGUUCAUUACAGCUACCUUAGUUCUAUUUUCUAUGUUCCUACCAAAAGUUCGACAACUUGUCAACAUGGGUGUAGAAGGCAUCUAUCUUGAAGACGACAGAGAAUCAUACUAUGCACAAUCUGUUAUCAUGGCACCACCAAGCUACAAGAGCAGACCUAACUCAGUAAUAUACGUCAAUCAUACAGAUCCAGUUGUCCUUAGCAACGGCGAUCCAAAUCAUUUAAAACACCCUGGGAGUAUGUAUAGUGGCCACAGUGCUCCAGUUUAUACUAAACGACCAGAAGCAAUGUAUGCAACUGCAAGUAAAAGUCUAAAAUUAACAAACGAUUUAUCUGGGAAACACCCACAACAACAAGAGAGACGACGACCUCAAUCAGAGGCAGGAUAUUUGUAUAGAAAAUCCAGAUCGGAAAGUGGAGGUACUGUAAGGAGUUUAAGGAAAUCACGUUCACAGACAGAUCUUGGUGCUCUAUGAUUUUGCAUACCAGUAGCCAUGUGAUAUUCGUAGCCAAUCAUUUUCACGAUAUACAAUGUGAAUUACUUCCAUGUGACCAGAUAAAACUGAAUGAGAAUGUGAUAAGAAUUUUUCAAUGAUUAUAGACAUUUGUGUGCAAUUAUAAUUUUGUGAAACCAAUUCCAUAUAUUGCACAUUGUCCGAGUAUAUAUCAAUCAAAAUGACAUGUUGCAUAUCCAUGUAGUUUGCAAGUCAGCAUGUUAGGAAACAAGUGUCACCAAUAUUGGUGAAAUAUGAUAUUAUUAAAAAAGCAUUUUUUGGUCCGAGCGUACAUGACUAUGGUUUGAUACUUCAUUCCAUUAUUGUUAGCUUUAAUCUUAGUUUUUUAUUUUUUCCCCAGGAAAAUGAAAUAAAAGAAAAAAAAUGUGAAAAUCAAACUUCAGCCCCCAAAUUAAAUAUCUACUAGUUGUAGUUAGAUGUUUUAUUUACUUGAGCUGACCCAACCGAAAACCUUUUAUGCAUGAAUAUAACACGUUUAUUCGAUAGUACUUGCCAAGUUGGCAUUCACCAGUCCAAUAUCAAUAUUAUUGAACCGUUUGACAACCAGUAAAAUACAAGAAGAUAAUAGCUUUCGGUACUUGGAACACAGGCACUUGUCUAAUAUAAGGUAUAUAGGUUUUGUUUUAGAGACAAAUGCCUGUGACCUGGGAGGGACAAAAAACUCAUGAUUGUAUUUGACUUAGGUAAAUAACACUUACGUAAAUUCAAAAAAAUAAUUCGUUAGCUUAUUUGUCUUUUUGUCUGUCAGGUGAAACUGUGCUUUAAAACAUAAAAAAAAGUUUACUAUUCUUUUUUAUGUUAGCCAUAUUUUGUAUAUGAAUUUUUAAGACAUGUCUCAUUGUUGUAGCGAGAGGGAUAUUUACAAGUGUAUUGAGAGCUUGCCGUAUAUUUUUAUUAUGACAAUAUAGUGUGUUUGUAUUAAUAUUUAUAUGUAUAUUAAAUACACUUGUACAUAAAAUUUACAUAUAAUUGAAAUGUCUUUCUUAUUAAAGUGCUACAAUCCAG